AUGGCUGCUCUUCGAUUUUGUAUGGAGUGCAAGCGGAAUGAUAUCUUUGUCCCCGUUGAUCGUGUUCUCUCGAGCGGCUCUGUUACAGAAUUGCUGCGGCAAUGCCGACCAGUAUCUGUCUGCAACAACGGCAAGCACCCGCAAAUUCGGACCGGCCACGAUGCAAGUAUUCGCGACAACGAGCCCACGAGACCAAGAGAACACUUUCGGGAGGUCGGCAGCAGAAGUCGACUUGACGAAAAAGCUGCAUUAUGGCGCGAAAACAGAAACGAGUCCAGUUUACGCAACGCAAUCGACGAGUCCUUGGAAUCCAACGCCGGCAGGCUACGCCCUAUCCUGACUUUCACAGACGAGUUCUGCACCGGCAACCAUACAGUAUGCGACAUGUCAGAUAUUCAAAUUUCUCUUGUUCAUGGGAGUCUGGAAUCACCCGGAGCGAACAUAAUCUACUACAGCGAGAUCCACAAUCCGAGCCAUAUUUUCCGUCUCAGAGAAGCCUGGAUGAAAGCUUGCAGAGCAGAACCUAUUUUCCAAACAGCGUACCGUAUCCCAGACGAUGGACAGGAGAUUCGUCCUCGACUUUGCUGGCGAGAGUUCAAAACAAAGAGCCGAACAGCCUACAGGAACGCGUUGCUUCAAGCAACUGGGCCAGGAAUGCCUUGGCCCGACAACAAUGGAGUCGAUUUCGGCCUGCGAUUUACCGUUCUACACUACCGUACGAGACGACCAGCUGAUAGUAAAGCCGCUGUGAUCUGGGCGAUUCAUCACGCUUUGAUUGAUGGCUGGUCUGCCGGCCUCUUGGUCCAGAAAGUGCACCAAAUGGCGUCCGGGAAACCUGUACCCGCGCACCCUGGGCCGGCCUACGUAGAUCUCUGUCGAUUUCAACAAGAAUUGAGAUUGAGUCGAAAGGCCGAGGGAGAUCUAUUUUGGGCGGAGCAAAGUAUCAAGUUAGCAACAGCUUACGAUGAGCUCCUCAUUGCAAAUGCACCAAACGCUUCUGUAUUCACCAACAAUGUUUGGGGCAAGAGGGACGAGAUGCAGGUUCCUGUCGAACUUGCUCCCACCGAUCAUGCUGCUGUUAAGGUUGCAGCACAGUCCUGCGGUGUCACUCCGGCCGCCUUCUUCUAUGCUGCCUGGGCAGUUUGCCUCGGGCUUUACGCAAGUUCGGACAGUGUUGUCAUCGGCGCAGUUGUGUCGGGCCGCAACAUUGGGCUUGCCGGUAUCUUCGACACAAUAGGCCCCAUGGUGAACACAUUGCCACUCCAGGUCGAUCUUGACUGGCAAUCUUCAUCUCGAAAGCUGGUAGAGGAUGUUUUUGCUCGAAUCCAGCGGUUAUCUUAUUUUUCAUGGACCACGCCAAAUAACGGAUUCUCUAGAGUAAGGGGAAAUUUGAUGGCUUUCACACCCAAUCCCGAAUCCUGGGUCAAGGGUGCUGGGGUUGAACAGUCCUUUUACAAACACACAACGAACUUGCCUCUCAACGCCAUCGUCAAAGAAGAUGGAGGUGGCAUGGUCAUCCAAUACUCUGCUGAGCGCUAUACCACGAAGGCGAUGGAAACACUUGCAAGCAUUUUCAGAGCAUCGCUCUUGUCACUUUCCCGCACCGAGGCAAGUCUGGAGUCAUUACAACUUGUGCUGCAGACGUGCGGACGGAGUUUGGGCUUGAUGGGCAACUGGAAGUCAUUCGAAACGACAGUUCCAUCCGUCAGAGACGAUCUUGUGACGUUAUUUGAGGACAUUUCAACACAUUACCCUGGCGCGAUCGCCGUCGAGUGCGGAGAUCAAACGAUCACCUAUUGUGUGGUCGGCGACAUUUACCUCGCGGGCGUCCAGGUUGCCAUCGGAUACAUCGGGCAACCAGAAAUCACUGCCGAGCGCUUCCUUCCUGACCCAUUCAUGAAGUCGGGAGAGUCCAUGUACCAGACUGGAGAUCGGGGCUAUUGGGACGAUUCCGGCGAUAUCGUUUUCCUGGGUCGCGCGGACCGUCAGACCAAGCUUCAGGGAUUCAGAGUGGAUCUUGAAGACCUGGAAGCCCGUAUUCUACGUGCUUGUGGUCAGCAGCAUGGAGCCAGCGCCGUGGCUGUGACAACUCAAGGCGAUCAACUGAUUUGUAUGAUCCAAACAAAUUGUGGAGAUCUCGCAGGAAUGCGAAUGGCUAUUCGUGACGCUCUUCCCCCAUUUGCGAUACCCAAGCACACUUUAGUUACUCGUCAGCUUCCGAUGACCUCAAACAUGAAAGUGGACUAUCGUACUAUUGUGCAACUGGUCAACGACUCAAGCAUCUGUCAUCAAAAUCGGCCGGAAACAAACGAAAUUUCUUCAACCACUCGAACAGAGGCUGUUGUCGCUGCCAUCUGGGCUCAAAUUCUGGAGAACGAAGCUCUGUCCCCUCGAAUCGGCCCCGACUCGAAUUUCAUACAGCUAGGCGGGCACUCCCUACAGCAGCUGCGACUAGCAGCCAAGUUGAAAUCCGUCUUCGGAGUUCUCAUCACGCUCCGAAUGAUAAUGAAUAUCCCAACUCUGCGGGAGUUUGCAGCCGCAAUUGACAAGAUGGACAAGAUGUCCCUGCCCCCUAUGGCGGCCGAGGGAAGAAAUGAUGCCUGGCUUGGAGCCUUUGACCCCCGCCCGAUCGAAAGAGAAUGGUGGAGAAAAUAUCAACUAAGAUCUGGCACUUCGGCUUUCAACCUAAAGCAUGGAACGCUGUGCUGGCACGACAUCUCAUCUUCCGAUCUCGUCGCUGCGGCCGUCACAAUCGAGGACGAAAAGAUUGAUGUGACAUUGGGCGCACCUUUCCUCAAUCGGCAUUCCGAAGCGGACAUGGAGGCUGUGGGGUUGUUCCUGGAGCCGCUGCCAGUUCGUGUACAUCAUGUUGAUACCACGUCGACUCUGAGGUCUUACCUUCAUACCGUUCAAGACUCAUCUCAAGGUGCUUUGGCCCACGCAGUCCCGUGGGACCAGCUGCUGGAAUAUUUGGGCAUCGAUUCCGGAAGCCAAAUUCCCAAUCACCCAAUCUUCGACUGUGUCACUUCAUUCCACGAUGCUCGCUGUAAUGGAUCCAACAACACGCAGCAGAGCAGAUGUGGUCCUUGGGAUAAUGCAGUUUGGGGUGAUGGUGUCGAACCACAGCUGGUAUGGAGUGACGGCGCAAAGUUCAAGUUGAUGGUGGAGUGCCUGGCAUAUGACGAUGAUACGCUCUUAAUACGGCUCGAGUACGACACGGCUUGCUUUGAAGGCAGUCAUCGUGUUUACGAUGCACGAAUCAAGGCUGUGAGAAGAAUGAUACUGACAUCCAUGACGAUGAUCGCUUCACCAGAAAAUGGCACCGUCGGUGGCUUGCGGCAAGGACUUCGACGGUUAUGGGAAAUAGAGAAGAGACCUGGGGUUAAGAGUGUUCCCAGCGUGGAUUUGCUACACCCUUCUGAAGGCCUGUUCAUGAGACGCUUUUCGGGCUUGAACAAUCGCUGA